AUGCCGCUGCAGAACGCUACACCGAGGAAGCGGAGAAGUAACGGGGAACGUGUGCGGGUGACUCGUGCAUGCGAUCGGUGCAAGAGGAGAAAAAUCAAAUGCAACAAUUCGCAGCCAUGUCAGUUCUGUAUCAGGGCAAAAGCACGAUGCACGUUUGACUCUUCGUACACUCGGGGUCGCAAAUUCGGCAUCCCCUCUGGAUACAACGACAGCAGUCCCCGAGCGUACUCUGCUCUCCUCCCCAGCCCCGAGACAUCUCAGGCAAGCAUCGCCGCUCCCGAGUUGUUACAGAGCCACCAACAUGUCUCCGCCGAAGCAUCAUCACGCAACUCCCCCGAGCCAUCGCAGACAGACCUGCAGGGCCACUACAUUGGGCCCGCAUCUGGUGUCUCGUUCCUAUUAAGGGUACAGAAGCGCCUGCACCAAGCAAUCUCGUUCGCGCAGCCGAGUAGUAUAUUCACAUUCGGCGAUGCGCCGCUACAUCUUCCGGAAUUCGAUCCGUCGUUCUGUAUGAUGCUCCCGCGGGAUGAUGCGCAUCGCCUUGUAGACCGGUACUUUGAUUUCGCCAUGCCGACGUAUCGGUUCUUGCAUCGACCGACGAUUGAAGAGUGGUUUGCCGAGUUCUAUGAUACGCUUGGUGUCAUGCGUGAUGCGCAUAGUGCGCCGGCCAAAGUCGCGCUGCUCUUCAUGGUCUUUUCGCUUGCGAGGGUCUACAUGCCGGACAAUGACCGGCCUGGACCAUCUGAUCUAAGCGCGCGCUACUACUUGGCAGCCGAGCACCAACUCUCCAAAGAAAAAGGCUCGAUCCGUCUAACUAGCGUCCAGGCCCGCCUAACGCAAUGCUACUACCUCCUCACGCAGUCCCGGAUCAACCACUGCUGGAGUCUCUUCGGCACCGUCUCGCAUCUCGCGCUGGCCAUAGGCCUAAACAGGAACCGCCGUCCAGACCCUGCAGCGGGCAUAACGCCCAUCGAAGCCGAGUGUCGACGACGCACCUUCUGGUGUGCAUACACGCUCGACGCAUACCUGAGCGCAGCACUCGGUCGCCCCCGCUCCUUCCACGACGACGACGUCGACACCGAACUCCCGGCCUGCGUCGAAGACCACGAACUCAUGGCCGCGCAGAUCAACAUGCCCAUGACGCCCGCGCCAACGCGAAGCCUCACGACGAUGCUAGCUCCUCUAGCGCACAUGAAGAUUGCACGGAUCAUAAGCCGAAUCCUGCGCGAUCUCUACUCCAUCAAGCCCGUAUCCGAGACCCGGCGCGCGACGGCCGUCAAAACGAUCUGUCGAGAUCUAACCGAGUGGCGCGCGGAACUGGCCUGGUUCCUCGACGCAGAUGUCCUCAGCGCGGCACUGAUUAUGCCGAUCUUCCAGCGACAGAGGAACGUGUUGAAUCUAACCUUUUGGCACUCAAUUAUCCUGACCCAUCGGCCGUUUGUGCUGAGGGAUUUUGCGAGGCUCGCGCAGCGAGGGGAGCAUCGUGCACAGACCGAAGAGAGUGUCAAGGAGUGUUUGAAUGCGGCGAUGAAGACGGUUAGGAUUAUUGAUGAGAUUACGCAGAAUCGGCAGCUUUUUCGCGCGCUUUGGAUAACAUCCUACUUUGCCUUUAGCGCAACAAUAAUGCUGUACAUCUACGUUAUCCAGAACCGUGCAUACCCCGCCGAGGUCUACAGCAGCUACUUUUCUGCAGCGACACGGUGCCAGUCGCAUCUAUCUGCAAUUGCCGAGAAGGGAUCGUUGUCAGAGCGAUACUGUCUUGUCCUCGAGGAGCUUAGAGUCGAGGCAACGCGGCAGACGAGAUCUGCCCCUGCGAAUGUACCUGCUCAGAACAGUAUCACGGCGACGACCUCGCAUCCUCUUUCUCAGACUCAGACACAGCCGCACUCACAGCAUCACACCCAGGCUCAAUCGCACGCGCGAGGAGCGCCCUUUGCGAGCCAAAUCCCAGCCCUGGUAGACCACAGCCCCGGGGCCGCAACAAGCUACACAAACGACUCGCUCGACGACAGCGCCACGGCGCUCGACUUCCAGGCGAAUAUGGCUGGACUGGGUUUCUCGGAGACGGACUGUGCCGGGUGGGGCCAGUUUACGAGCAUGGUUUCGAGUGGGCUGGGGAAUUUGGAUUUGUUGUUAGAGGGGGAGGGGUUUCGCUUCUAG